AUGGCGCCUCCGAUACGCGCGCGCUCGAUCAAAUCGGACUCCUUCCACGAACACUUCCGAAAGCUCAAGACAUCCGUGUACCAAGACAGCCCUCGCCCAAACGCCGUAUCAUCCUCGCACUACAUCCGCACGCUAUCAUGGAACGCCUCUGGCACAUUCAUCGCGACAGGCGCUGCAGAUAGGACACUGCGCAUCUGGAACUCUGAAAAGACGAAUGCUAAGAACUCGACUGAAUUGCGCACGCCGAAUACGACAGCAGCCCUAGAGCGCGUGUCCUUCCACCCAAUCAACGAGAAUGAGCUCGCGAGCUCCACGUCUGAUGGCAUGGUUAGGUUCUGGGAUAUACGGUCCAAGGCCAGUGUUGGUGAAGUCAAGGUCGGCGAGUGCCCAUUCACGUUGGCAUGGACCCCAGAUGGGAAUGAGUUGGUUGCAGGUAGAAAGGAUAAUCUCCUUGUCACCAUCGACCGAUCGACCCUAAGCAUCCUCUCCGAACACCAACAAGUCCUCCAAACAAAUCAAUGCGUCUUCGAUUGGUCCGGCAACCACCUCUACACAACAGCCGGCGACGGCAGCGUCAGAAGCCUUCGGUACCCGUCUUUCGAAAACGCCAUGACUUUAAACGCUCAUACUUCUGCAUGCUACGCGGUAUCUCUAUCGCCCAGCGGCGAAUACCUGGCAGCAGGUGGAGGCGAUGCGCUCAUCUCACUCUGGGACACACAAGAAUGGAUUUGCACGCGGACUUUGGAAUUGACCGGCGGCAUCAUCAAGUCGGUCGACUUCUCCUUCGACGGUAGCUAUGUUACUGCGGGCUCCGAUGAUAAGGAAGAGAAGAAGAUUCGCAUUGCGCAUGUCCAUACUGGAGAGAUUGUACACACGGUCGAUGUGCCGACUCCAGCGUCCCACGUUGCCUGGCAUCCGUGCCGGUAUAUCCUCGCAUACUCCGCGGAUAAUUUGGGUCUCAAGAUCAUUGGGGGUAUCAGCUAG